AUGGGGAGAAUCACAUGCAGCUGCGCCGCCGUGAUCCUGCUGGCCGUCAUCAGCUCAUGUCGUGCAGUCACUCUGGAGUCCAUCCACUGGAGCAGCUCCAACACGAAAUUUAGUCCGGGUCAGGGUCUGGUCCUGUAUCCUCAGAUCGGGGAUAAGAUGGACAUUGUGUGUCCCCGGGCGGAUGCUUCCUUGGGGGGAAAGGAGGAGUUCUACCGAGUGUACCUGGUCUCCAGAAGCCAGAUGGAGAGCUGCACCAUCGCCAAGACGGACACGCCGCUGCUGAACUGCGACAAGCCUCACCAGGACGUAAAGUUCACGUUCAAGUUCCAGGAGUUCAGCCCCAACCUGUGGGGUCUGGAGUUCCUCAAAGGGAGGGACUAUUAUAUCACCUCCACCUCUGCAGGCUCUCUGCAGGGUCUGGAUAAUACUAAUGGAGGGGUGUGCAGAACCAAAUCCAUGAAACUGGUGCUGAGAGUCAGCCAAAACUCUUCAGAUCCAACUUCAACCCUCCAGGAGUCCCCCACUCGGUUCCCGCCCACACGACCAAAGUCCAAGGCCAAGGACCCCUCUGCGAAAGAAAAGGAGAGUAAAAGCAAAACUGACUCAGGCUCAGAAACGGGACAAACAAAUCCCAGUGGCGGCGGUGGCUUCGAGCCAGGCCUGUUGAUGUGGGUUGUCUGUGGCUGUGUGAUCCUCCUCCUGGUCGUCAUAAUUAUGCUGGCCGUGCUGUGGAGGCACCGUCGCCGUCGCCUUGUCCCAGAGAGCCAGCAGUCUGCCUCCGUGUCCCUCAACACUAUGGCCGUGGCAAAGCGGGACAGCAUCGGCAGCGACUAUAACGACUCGGACCGCAGCGAUGUUGUCUUUCCUCUGCGGGCUUCUGACAGCAUGAUCUGUCGUCAUUAUGAGCGCGUGAGCAGCGACUACGGGCCCCCUGUGUACAUCGUUCAGGAGAUAACACCCCAGAGUCCCACCAACAUCUACUACAAAGUCUGA